UUCAUCAUCUUCCCUCUUCCCCCACUUUCUUCUGGGUUUCACAACUCACUUCAUCCAUCAUGACUACUGAUCAGAUGGAUCCCGUUGUUGAGCGCAAGUCGCUCGAGAAACCAUUCGAGCAGGCGUCUCCUGAAGAGACCGCCAUUGGCGACAUUGACGAUGUCGUGCUCGAUCCAGCGAAGGAGAAGAAGCUUCUAUUGAAGCUCGACAUGGCCUUUGUGCCCAUCAUCAUGUUGACCUACCUGUCGUGUUUCCUUGACCGCAGCAAUAUCGGUAAUGUAAAGGUAGCUGGCAUGCCUGAAGACAUCCACGCCUCUGACAGCGAGUACUCCACCGCCGUGUCUAUCUUCUAUGCCACCUACGUGCUCUUGGAAGCCCCAUGGGCGGUAGCAAUGAAGAAGCUCACGCCACGGAAUAUCCUGACCGGUCUAUGCAUCAUCUGGUCCAUCACUACCGUGUUCACGGGGUUCAUUCACAAUGUUGCCUCGCUCUACGCAACACGUUUGAUCCUCGGAGGCUGCGAAGCCGGUCUCUUCCCCUGUCUGAACCUGUACUUGACCAUGGUAUACCGUCGAGAAGAACAGGCAAAGCGCGUCUCAUACCUAAUGAGCUGCGCCGCCAUCUCCGGUGCCGUGGGCGGUCUCCUCGCCUAUGCAUUGCUGCACAUGGACGGUAUAGGCGGCAAAGCCGGCUGGAGAUGGGUCUACAUCAUCGAAGGAAUCUUCAGUCUAAUCUGCGCCGUCCUAAUCUGGUUCGGUCUCCCCAACGACCCCAGCAACGCCUACUUCCUCACCGACGAAGAGAAGUACAUGAUGCGCGUGCGCAACGAACAACGCCGGAAGUACAUGGGCAGUGAGCACUUCAGCUGGGAGGAGAUGCGCAUUGCUCUGCGUGAUCCCAAGCUCAUGUUCUCGGCCCUCACCCAGUUCUGUCAGGACAUUCUUCUCUAUGGGUUUAGUACCUUCCUCCCGACUAUCUUGGGGAGUCUGGGGUAUAAUAGUCUCAUGAGUAAUGUGCUCACGGUGCCGGUGUAUAUCUGGGCUGCGAUUGUGUUUAUCGCUGUUGCGUUUUGUGCGGAUCGCUUUGGGAGAUUUUCAAUCUUCAUCCUAGUCACCAACAUUUUCGGCAUAGUCGGCUACAUCCUCCUCCUGACUGUCUCCAGCGAUCCCGUGAAAUACUUUGCAACCUACCUCUGUGGUGUGGCUGUCUACACCGGCGUCGGACUGAACGUCGCCUGGUUGAACGUUAACGUGGCGCCGCAGUACCGGCGUGCACUUGCCAUCGGUCUGCAGCAGACGGUGGGCAAUUGUGCCGGUAUCGUAGCGGGGCAGGUAUACCGCACUUCGCCGUAUGUACUGGGGAAUGCGUUCUCGUUGGGGGCGUUGGUGGUGUCGCAGAUAAUUGUCGCGCUUCAUGCAAUGUACCUGAGGCGGGAGAAUAAGAUGAAAGAGGACAUACUGGCGGGUGAGAAGGAAGACACGCGAAGAGUGAAGACUGGCGAUGGCGAGGUGGAGUUUAGAUACCAUACUUAAUAACUCUAUUUAUUUAAUCAAAG